AUGGUUCCUGUGCUGCUUGAAGGACAGCGAUAUGUCCUGACCUACAGGUUCAGUCAGGACCACUUGGAGCUUCUCUUUAACUCCAUCAGAGCAUCCGAAUUUGUCACCACCGUGGCUGGAAUAACAACCCUAAUUGCCAGCCAGUUCAAAUACAUCUUCCGGAAGCUGAUGGCCCGGUGUGGGGUUGUUAAACCAUGCAGCAAAGGUAAUGUGACGGCACAGGAUGACACGGAGUCCCUACCAGCUGUAGCAAUGUCCUCUGCUGCCCAGUCCUACCACAUCUACAUAUCUACAAACCUGUCAGCUGUAGAUAUGUCCUCUGCAGAAGAAGGAGAAGAUCUUCCAUCCCCGUUUGCUGACAUUCCUGCCCUUGUACAUGACCACAGCUACCUUCCCACCCGCUUUGAUGGUCUUGUGGACAACGCUCUUGUGUACAUUUCAGGAUUUGUUGUGCGACGGACUUUCAAGAAGCUGUCCUGUGAUGUCUGCCGUGCCAGCCUGGUGACGGACGCUGCAUCAGCCAGUAAGGACAAGAGCUACCACCUGCUGACUUUAAGAAACAAUGGGGGCCUGGUGAUUCCAUCUGAAGGCACAGUGAGUGUUGUCAGGGCAGCAGAGUGGGUAAUUCGCCAGGCAUCAGCAGAUUCUAGACGAUCACAGCCCAUCAAACUGCUAGAGGUCCUCUACAUUGUGCGGAAGAGGAUAGGUCCAGAGGAUGUGUUUUUGCUCGGGGAGCACAUUGUCGACACACAGUAUGGCAUUGACAGUCACCACCAUACGCUGUUGACAUUAGUUGUGUCCCUGUUUUUUAAGCUAAGGCUGCAUCACAUUGCAAAAAUAACUACUCUGAGCUUACAGAGUGGCAGCAUGAGACAGAAGCUCACAAAAACAGUCCUUUUCAAAGGGCAUUAGCUCCAACUGUGUGUGCACAUGUGUUACAGCCGCUGUUUACCUUGUGCCGUUAACUCUGUGUUAUGUGAAUGAGCUGUGCAGUUCAUCAGCUGUUAUUGGCCGUCCCGCCCGCGCAACAUCCGCGGUGAUUGGACUGACGUCAUCUAAUCCCCGCCCGCUUCUGCCACGUCACCCGGGGGAGGAGUACAAAGGCCGGGCAAGGACAUCAUUCGGGAGGGUCUGUACUAUGGGACAGACGCCUCAAACCUCUCGCUAUACUACCGCAAUACUGUGUGAUUCGUUAGACUGCCUAGCAGUGUGUUUAGUAGGGCUCUGUGUUAGUUACACUGAGUAGCAGUGUAUUGUAGUAGCUUUGUGUUUAGCAUUCCCGUGUAUAUUGCUUCGAUCCAGGUGACUAGCACCUGUAGACCAGUAUUUGUGUGUAUCGUACUUAGAUCCAGGUGAUUAGCACCUGUAGACCAGUACUUGUAUAUACAUUGCGUAGAUCCAGGUGAUUAGCACCUGUAGACCCGCACCAGCUGUGUUCUCCCACAGCCCCGUUUUUGCUUAUUGUUUUGUUUCCACUCUAGAAGUGAGAUUUUCUUUCCUUUUGUAUAGUACUGGGCAAAUCUCUUUUGGAGACCCAUUGUGUCAGAUAGUAACAGUUUGACCCGUUGUUGGGCCAAGCUGUUUUGUGCAUAUCAUUUUACUUACUUGCAGUUACAAAUAAACCGCUGGUAACACAUACCAAUUCUACUCUGGUCGUGUCGUUUCCCUUUGUACCCCUCGCCAAGAGGGAACGUAACAACAUGUGUUACGUGCCGUAGUGGGUGCUUGUGUGUCUCCCUCUCUUUCCCCCUGAUGUUUCUUCUUCUUCUUUGUUUAAUGGCGAAUCACUACCACUAGGAGCAUAUAUCGCCACCUACUAUGUAUUUAUUAAAUCUUCAUGUUCCAUGAGACGCAGCACUAUGUUCCCCACAUAUGUUUAUGUUUGCUCAGUCUAAUAAACCCAUAACAUGGUUGUGAAAGAAUACCAAA